CUACCUCCCUCUCUACUUCAGCUGCCGUUGCAUUUUGCGCCUCUUUGCCCUCUGGUUAGGUGUUUCCCAGUCUCAGGCGAACCCAAGCUCAUUCAAAACCAACCAUGGCGGACAACAAGGCAGUCACCAUCCGCACCAGGAAGUUCAUGACCAACCGCCUUCUCUCUCGCAAGCAAUUCGUCAUUGAUGUUCUCCAUCCAGGAAGGCCAAAUGUUUCCAAGACGGAGCUGAAGGAGAAGCUAGCUAGAAUGUAUGAGGUUAAGGACACAAAUGCAAUCUUUGUUUUCAAGUUCAGAACUCACUUUGGUGGUGGUAAAUCGACUGGGUUUGGGUUGAUUUAUGAUUCUGUUGAGAAUGCAAAGAAGUUCGAGCCCAAGUACAGGUUGAUCAGGAAUGGACUUGAUACCAAGGUAGAGAAGUCAAGGAAGCAGUUGAAGGAGAGGAAGAACAGGGCAAAGAAGAUUCGAGGAGUAAAGAAGACAAAGGCUGGAGAUGCUGCCAAGAAGAAGUGAGAAUAGUGAUGUUGUUGCUGAUUAUGUAGCCAUUGGUGCUUCUAGUAGCCAUGUUUUUGCAUUGAAAUGAAAUAUUAUGAUCAGUUUGGAUUUUAGAGGCAACUUUUGCCUAGUUUUGUUUUGUUUCGGAUUUUUAGUACCCUGAUGUGGACUAAGUUCAGAUAUUUAGCGAAAAUUUGCAGAUUAUAUGUCGACUUUCAUCAUUUCGUUCUGGUUGUAUCCCAUUGCUUUGAAGAUGCUUCUGAAUGUUUUGUGACA